GCUCCCUGCCGGCUACUCCGUCUGUCUGCCAGUCAGCUCUUCUUGUAUCCAUUGUUGUUUUUGCUCAACCCCGCCCCUCACACACAAACUCCAGCUCGCGUCGUGUGAAUAUUGCCCAUCGUCAACAUGACUCUCUACUACAGCCUGGUCUUCCUCCUCUUGGUGACGGAGAUGCUCAUCUUCUGCGCCCUCAUCGUCCCUCUGCCAUUCACAUGGCGCCGCAGGCUCUUCACCUUUAUCUCGGAGAGCCCGAUAAUAGCAAAAUUACAAUAUGGCAUGAAGAUAACGUUCAUCUUCAUCCUGAUACUGUUCAUUGACAGUGUCAACCGCGUCUACCGCGUACAAAUCGAGCUUUCCGGCUCGGACGACCAGGGCCGCUCAGGCGUCGCUGCUGGGGGUAUUGAACGCAUGGAGGUCCAGGCCCGCAAGUUCUACUCGCAGCGCAACAUGUACCUCUGUGGCUUCACUCUCUUCCUGUCGCUGAUCCUCAACCGUACCUACGUCAUGAUCCUCGAUGUUCUCCGUCUCGAGGAGGAGGUCAAGAACCUCAAGGGUGGUUCCAGCGGCAAGAACUCUUCUCUGAAGAACGCCGGCGGCGCUGGCGAGGUUGGCGCUCUCAGGAAGGAGCUCGAGGCCAAGGACCGUGACAUGGAGAACCUGAAGAAGCAGGUCGAGAACAUGCAGAAGGAGUACAACCGCAUGGGAGACGAGGUCGCUGGCAAGAAAUAGAUAACCACGGCCGACUCCGAACGAAUAAGGAGAGCAAGCCACCCCUAUGCUGACGUGGCGGCAACGCAGCGUCGGUACUGACUCUACGGAUGUCUGAAGGAUGAAUUGUCACUCUGGUCAUGAAUUGAGAAUAAGUGUUGGGAGGAUAGUGCGCUUCAGGGACACAUGCGGUGGCGGUAUUUUGUACUUGGGUGCCAGUGCGAGCUGAGGUGGGAAGGCAAAAGCUCUGGAAUAGCUUUUGUACCAGACAUGGUAGAUUAGUAGCCGUAAACGAGGAGUGUCUUCUGCUCUGUC